GUUCCAAUAUUCCAAUUAAACAAAGAAGAGUUUCUACUCCGUGCACUUUAUUUGCCUAUUUUAAAACAUACUAGGUUAAAUCUCUCCAAAACAAAACGAGUCAACAGGUAGACUAUCAUGCCAUGUCAGUUUAUUUAAUGUUUUACACAAAUGACUUGUAAAUUCGUUUUACUCUGUUGUUAAUUUUUCAUCUGAAAAUGAGCGCUCGGAUUUGAACUUCGAAGCCUGCGUUAACUGGUGAGUUUUGCUUUUAUCUCCAACUGUGAACAAUAGGCCUCAGAUUGGUUAUGUCCAUAGUAAUAAUAUCGAUAAUAAUAUAAUCGUUCUUACUACGUGAUGUUCUCGGUGUAAAAACAAAGAUAAGUGAUUUCAUUGUAAACACAAAAGUGCAUUUAACAAAGUUUUAAAAUACUUGUUUUGCCAUCCGAACUCGUCCUACAAAAUGGCUGUUAAAAACCACUGUUGCGAGUUAUCUGAGCGACUUUAUCCGCUUGAACGAGCAUUUUAAUAUCUUUUACUUUUUUUUUUUUUUAAACAAGUUUGCAAAAUUCACGAAUCUGCGGCCGAUUGGACACUGCUGGAGUUACACGCAAAAAGUCACCAGUUAACGUGAAAACCAGAAAACCCGCCAAGUCACGCAGGAUUCGUCGCUUCAGUGUGGUUCUGUGGAAUCUUUCAUCAUCUUCAUUGCUUCUGUGGUUGCUGCAGGUUUUUUUUAUCAGCUAUUAUCUGAUAAUCUUGCAGCUCACGGAUUGGCAGGCUUUGUACAGUCAUUUCGUUCUGAGUAUGUGUGCAGAUUCUGUCUGGCAACUCAAGACCAGUUUAAAUCGCAGGAAGUUGCUGAGGGUGAAUUCAGUCUGAGAACUAAGCAUAAAAGGCCAGUUGCUGUUGACACCAAAGCGAUUUCUACCAUUACAAUAAGAUGGUGGAAUCCCAGAAACUUGUACUGAGAGUUUACAUUGCUCCUGACAUUGCCCACAAGAUGACCCUUUCUACACGCCCAAGUACAGUAGAAGAGUUGAUUACAGUGAUUAAAGAGAAAUUCAGACCUCGUCUUGAUUUUGAUUUCAGCCUCCAAUAUGAAGACCCAGACUUUGGGGGGGAACUCUGCUUUCUAACAGACAUUUCAGAACUGCCGGAGAAGGCUGUAUUGAAAGUACACAGAUCUGAGAUUGAAGCCAGCUCAACCGAAAUACUUCCUUAUAACCCGGAACGCUCGCAAAGUUGGCCUGACAUGUUCCCAGUUCCUCGAUUUUCAUAUGAUGUCAAGUAUAGGCUAGAAGCCGGAAAUGCAGUCUAUGAAAACAGUGGAAAGUUCUUGAAAUUAACAAAAGGCCAAAAACAUGACAUUCUUGAAAAUAUGGCCAAGGCAAUGCACAGCUUUAAGGCUUACCCCAGCGACAAAGUAGUAGCUAAAGCUGCUGAGGCUCUUGUUUCUCAGCACCCCUGCCUCAGAGAACCAGGAAGUCAAUGUGGUUGGUAUGGCUGGAAGACAAGUUUAAAGUUUAAGAUGGGCAACUAUCGCUUAAAACUCAGCAGAUCUGGUUGUGACGAGGUGGCUGUGAACUCAGGAAAGAGAAGCCAAAGUAACCAAGAGAGUGAGUGUCCUCACUCAAACAUCAAAAAAGCUCGUCGAGCUGAGGUAAACUACCUACCCAAUUUUCCAAAAGGAGAGAAUGCUGAAAGCUUGGAAAAACAAAGAUUGCAAAUAAUUGAGGAAGUGUCUAAGACCGAAAGAAACCAUGGGCUGAUAGAGAGACUCAUGCAAAGUACCUUUGCUCUGCGUCGCAAACAGAUAGUGGUUGAUAACCCAUCACAACCAGUGAAGUCAUUUUUGGAAAAGUGGCCUGCUCUUCGUUUGGAAUCUCAGAUUGCUGCAGAAUUCCACAGAAUUACUAAUAUCAGUUUGAAGAACAAGUUCUAUGCAGAGCUGGACAAACAUACCCUUCAAUUGUUGGCCGUUUACAGGCAGAAGGCCGCCCGCACUGGCAAGGCAGCAGAAGCACUGAGAAGAAUCUUUAGUGCCUAUGAUCGUCUGGAGCCAAACGAUAUUAACAGACGUACAGCUGCACUUCGAGGCCUCCCUGUGUACUUGCGUGAAGAUGACUCUUUGUUUUUCAAGAUGUGGAAUACUGAAGAGGUGGAUGAGCCAGACAUUGCAGAUUCAGCCGUAGCUCUUGUCAGCAUGGUGAAUGGCGACUCAAGUUCCACUGUUCAGUUUGACCCUGCUGGGUUUGCCAUUGCGCUGGAAGGUGACAUUGUUCUGAGGGACAUUUGCAGGUUGGCUGAUGCUUUUCUUUUGAUGUUUGGUUUGAUAUAUGCAUUACAUCUCGACUAUCCAAAAGAGCUGACCCACACCUUCAACUUCAUCCAAAAAGUCCUACUAGGCUUGGUAGACUCAAAGCCACUUGCACCCAGGUUGCUGAGUCUAAAAAAUGAUCUCCUGAUUAAGGAGUAAGAGGAAUGGAUGUGCUCAGUACAAUGUAUUUUCUGUUCUUUUCCAUUUUUUUGACUAAUGUCGUUACACAAUUUAAACACUGAGCUGAAGGUUUGAAAAUUGUCAGUGACGUACAGAUUUUUACGUUCAUUUCAUUAUUCAUUGGGAUUGCAUUCCUGGAAAACACUAGCACCCAGAUUGCUGUCUAAAAAUUGUUUGUUUAAAGAGAUUUAUUAUUGAUAAAUAUUUAUUGACUUUGAUUUCAUUUGUUGUGACUAAUAUUGUCAUAGUCUGUUGUAAUACUUCUUAAAUGUUACAACUUUCCAGAACACAGAUUUUGUUCACUUGGUAUUUAAUGGGAUUGCAUUACUGAAAGCCACUAGCACAUACUAGUUACAUUCUACAGAGCUCAGGUUGUAAUGCAGAGCUCAGAAAACUGUGCCCUUUGUGCAAUGACUCUGAUUUCUUUUAAAAGACAACAGUGUAAACACUUCUGAAAUUCCUUUUUGAA